AUGGCUCCUGGACGGACAACCAAGCGGAGAAGAGUGAGCCCGCCAGGCGACGAAGGCAAUGCUUCCUCCAAACCCUCGCGCUCGAACCUAGGCGACUUUUACUCCCACGCCGCCGAAUGGGACCUCGAACAGGAUUACGAACAACGGCCGCGCAAGUUGAAUAAGAAGGAGGAGAGGACCAGACUUCCGAUUAAGACAUCAGAAGGGUUUCAGAAUGUCGAAGCGCCCGAGGCCGAAGAAUCGGACAGCUUUCUUGGGACAGACGACGAUGAAUCGGAAGAUGGUGACGCCGGCGAGGACGAGGUAGAGGAAAGUGAAGAGGAGGCGCCCAAGAUUCCAUUGAAGCAGCAGAUCCUACAAGCGAAAGAGGAGAUUGCUCGAACCGCGACGCUCAUCAAUGAAGACCCGGAAGAGCAUAUUUCAUCGUUCAAGAUCAUUGCUGAGAUGGUGGAGGGCGGAUCACACGUCGCUGUCAAGAAGCUUGCUCUUGCGGCGCAGGCCGCGAUCUAUAAGGACGUUAUUCCGGGCUACCGAAUCCGACCGCUGAGCGAGGAGGAAACAUCCACGAAGAUUUCUAAAGAAGUGCGAAAGCUCCGGAAUUACGAACAAUCGCUUCUCUCAGGCUACAAACAUUUUAUUCAGACGCUUCUCGCUCUAACGAAGUCUUCGAAAGACAAAGUGAAUACUGAUGCGGGAAUGAAGAAUGUUGCCAUCAAUUGCGCGUGCAACCUACUCCUUGCUGUGCCACAUUUCAAUUUCCGCGCGGAACUGCUGAGGAUCGUUGUCAACCAGCUGGCUAGGAGGCGCGUUGACAACGACUUCGUCAAGUGCCGGGAUACUCUACAAGAUGUAUUUUCCCAAGAUGAUGAUGGAGUAGUCUCCUUAGAAGCUGUCCGGCUACUUGCGAAGAUGAUGAAGGCGAGGGACUUCCAAGUUCACGGAAGCGUGUUGGAUACGUUUCUCCACCUUCGCCUGCUUCGGGAAUUUUCAUCAAAGGCCUCCCGGGAUAGAGUUGACCGCGAUGACGAAGAGAACACCGUUGGCGGUAAGAAGCAGAAGCAGAAAAAGGAAUUUCGCACCAAGCGAAACCGCAAGCUUGAUAAAGAACGCAAGGUAGUGGAAAAGGACAUGAAGGAAGCAGACGCCCUGGUAUCGCACGAGGCACGAGACAAAAAUCAAGCGGAAACAUUGAAGCUUGUUUUUGGCACGUACUUCCGCAUUUUAAAACUUCGAGUCCCUAACCUCAUGGGCCCCGUACUUGAAGGUCUCGCCAAAUAUGCCCACAUGAUCAACCAGGACUUCUUUGGAGACCUGCUUGAAGCACUUAAGGACCUGAUCGGACACGCCGAGCAAGACGAAUCGAACGAGGGUGGCGAUGAUGAUGACGAGAACGACGAAACCGCCGACCUAAACAAGACCAAUCGAGACUCCACUCGCGAAUCUCUGCUCUGCACCGUAACCGCCUUUGCCUUACUCGAAGGGCAAGACGCCAGCAAAGCUGCUGCAGCCCUACACCUCGACCUCAGCUUCUUUAUCAAACACCUCUACCGAACCCUCUACUCCCUCGCAGUUAACCCAGAUGUCGAAUACAACCCUAACGCAUCCAACACUCUCCGCCUCCCAGACCCAUCCUCACCCUCCUCAUCCGACCCGCAAGACAACCGUCGAAGAAAAGUCAACUUCCAAACCCCUAUAGUCCUCCUCCUCCGCUGUCUCAACGCCUCGCUAAUUUCCCGCGCAAAUGGCAUACCCCCACCCGUCCGCCUAGCAAGCUUCGCGAAGAGAUUAAUGACGGCCUCGCUUCAAGUCCCUGAAAAGUCAGCGCUUGCAACCCUUGCGCUUCUCGACAAGCUUGCGAGACACAACGCCCGCCGCAUCUCCUCCUUAUGGUAUAGUGAGGAGCGGAAGGGUGACGGUGUUUUUAACCCGUACGCGACGGACUUUGAGGCGACAAAUGUCUUUGCAGGUACGGUUUGGGAGGGAGAGUUGCUCAGGCUUCAUUAUUGCCCCGCUGUCAGGGAUGCUGUUGGUGGAAUUGAGAAGAUGAUUGUUACCCGGGAUUAG